UGAUCGCCGCUAUUCGAGUCCUCCGCUCGCGGUGAAGUUGAACAGCUACGAGACGGACAGGUUCCAUACGUUCCUUAUACAUACGACAUAUCCCUCGACCGCCGGCCGGCUAAUUCACGUUCACAAGAUAAAUAUUAUUCGAAUAUAUAAUCUACGAUAGAGUGAAGAACUAUCGUCAAAAUGGUUUGCAAAGGUGUUGCUCUAGCGUCGUUGGCGUUUGCCUCAUCGGCACUUGCUAGCGGUGUGCACUAUGCAAUGGGUGGCAUGAUGGCUCCGAGGGCGACAGUGUUGGAGACGAGGUUCGAAGACGAGGUAGACGAUUCUUUACGGAGACGGCAAACGACGGCAGCGGACAUGAAUCUGACACAAUGGAACACGGAUACUUCAGCAGCUUGCGAGUCGGCGCUUUCCUCACUCAAUGCGGCCACCAACCCCUCGGGAACAGCAGUCUGCUACAAUCUUUUCAGUCUCGACACCAAUGCCGGCACGUUCAUGGCCGAUCUGCGCCUCUUCCAAGUAUCAACGCCUUCCGGCGACUUCCAGAGCAUCCCUCCUCAGGAGAUCUCGGUUGGGCUUCAGUACAGCGGAGCUUCCGUCUCGCCAGUCAAUUCGACCAACCAGACGGCAUCAACUGUGGGUAAACGACAAAGUUCGGGACCUACAGCUCUGCAGACCUACAUGUUUAUAGGCCAAAUAGACAAAUCCCAAAUGACCGAACCCAUGACGAUGGGAGUGUUAGAAGCCUUGGUGAUGCCCACCGUCACACUGACUGGCAAGAGUCCGACGGGUCAGCAAGUCAGCACAAAUGUCUCUUCCAACGAGGCCGCUUUCGUCAAUGGUGUCUUCGCGAACACGGUCGUCAUGUCGGAUGUUUCACUCGCCUCAUUAGCCGUUGACGACGAGGUCGCGGGACUGCAUAACGGCACCGUCGCUUUUGUCCUGCCUGGAGUCAACAUCUUAAUUUUCCCAGUCGGUCUGAUUCUCACCAGCAUCUGGCUGGUAGUUGGUGUUGCGUUCUACGCAUUCGGCACGUACGAACGAUACAACUACCGAGACAUGUACAGGAGCAGGAAGGCGAGAGACGGCAAGCCCGGUUACGCAGGAAGAAUAUAAUCGGCGACUACUUUAGUAAGAUGUGACUUCAAUUACAUGGCGUUCAAUAGAUACCGUCGAGCGGUGCGGAUUUAAUGGUUCAACGACGGGACUAGAGAUGAUUCGGGCAACGUGCUUUAGACUUCCAACCCCCUUAAGCUUGCCGACUAUUAUUUGUUUGAUACUUCUGUCUAUUUUAUUAUGGGGUAAUUGACCCCUGGGAAAUUAUAUAUAUAACGGUUAUAAAAUAAAUAAAGUAUAUCAAAGUUCACUUCCAUCGG